CGGCCAGUAGCAGCUGACCGAUGGGAGCGUUCGGAGUAGUUCCUUCCGUACUCGGCUUCGCAGUCCUCGCAUUCGUGCGUGUCCGCGUGAGCCCGUACGUUUCACGGCGAUCCGUCAAUCGUCUUACGUCGAUCGACACGCGUCGUGUGUGAUCCGAAAAAGUAAAGCCGGCGCCGAAGGAAGAAUUCACGAGGACGCCGCAUCUUCUACGUCGAUUGCGAAACUAGUGAAAGGCGCGCGACACGCGGGACGAAGACGACAACGGCCACGACGACGACGACGGGUCACGGGUGGAAUUGCCACGGUCAACGGAACGCCGGGUGACUAUUAAAGCGUCGUCGAUCAUAUCUGUGGUGAGGCAUAUCCUGUCCUAAGAUUAAACGACCCUGUGGAAGCCGUGCAUCCGACGGGAGAGCUCGAGGGUUGCGCCGCUUCUCGACGACGGGAUUGCCGUUGUUUGUCGUUGUCUCGCGAUUACCUACCACGAUUACUAUUCCGGAACCAAUCCAAGACCAACGGUCAAAUUGGGCGAAGUGGGAUACAAUGAGGUAGUAAACUGUUCACGGAGCACCUGGUGAGAGGUGGGUUUUUAGCACGACGGGCGAUAUGUUUCUGUCGAGCCGCAGCGGCCGAAAGGGGCCCAUCGCUUGUCUGGUGGGCCUCCUCCUCAUCUUCGCCCUUUAUCAACUGGGCAUUAUUUGCGGCUCCACCAGGUACAUGCCUACGGCCAUGAUGGUCAGCAAGGAGGUAAGAACCAGAUGCGGACAGGAGACCAGGGUUAUACCAAGGAUUCUCCAGAUGAAGAUGCACUGGUCCAAGUCCGAGAAGGAAAACGUGCGGCUAACUGAAGCGGGGAUCUCGAAAGAGGUGAUAGACAGCGCGAUAGCGGCGUUCUGCUUAGAAAUAAUAGCACGACACGCUGAGCCCGCGCCGAGAUUGUGCAACAAGGAUCCACUCACCCUGAAGAUGGGCUCGUACAUCCUCGAGCUCUUCCCGAACGCAAAAUUUAUAUUCAUGGUCCGCGACGGACGCGCGACGGUGCAUUCCAUCAUAUCCAGGAAGGUCACCAUAACGGGAUUCGAUUUAACGUCGUACCGGCAGUCUCUCAUCAGGUGGAAUCACGCAAUUUCCGUAAUGUACGGUCAAUGCAAGGAACUGGGACCUGAGAGAUGUCUGAUGGUUCCUUACGAGCAGCUGGUGCUGCACCCGCGUCAAUGGAUGAAGAAGAUAUUAAACUAUUUGGACGUGCCGUGGAACGAAUCUGUCAUGCAUCACGAGGAAUUCAUUAACAAACCCGGCGGAGUGCCUCUGAGCAAGGUUGAGAGGUCAUCGGACCAAAUCAUAAAGCCUGUAAAUCUGGCAGCGCUAACCAAAUGGGUCGGCAACAUUCCCGAGGACGUGGUGAGAGAGAUGGCAGACAUCGCGCCAAUGCUCUCCGUACUCGGCUACGAUCCUUACGCGAAUCCACCCGUUUAUGGCGCACCGGACAGUUUAGUCAGCGACAACACCAGACGAGUGUUGGCUGGCGAAAAACUCUGGGAGGAGAAGGCGCGGGCGUACCAUCUAUCGCAUAGGCCAAUCGAGAAUAGCAACGAGGAAGCUGCUUCCAGCACAGCCCCAGUCGCGUGACCCCGCGUGAUUCUCAUAGACACGAACGACACGUAACCGACUACCAACUUAAGUCCCAUCGAUUUAGGAUUCCCGCGUGUACGGAGAGAUCACCCUGUUGUACUUUCAAAGUAAACUCGGUCUCGCACGACUGUGAAUCGCGUCGUGAAUUAAUCACCCUUGCCGUAUUUUCUCAGUCUCCGUUAUCGCAUACGCGACAACGAUAAAUUAAUCGAUCAUUCCUCGCGACGCUUAUUUAUUCGCAUCAGGAUCGCGCUUCACGAAGACAGAUGACGUAAUGUACUAAGUCGUGACUAGAAAAAUAGGAUGUACCCGAAAUAAGCGGUCGAACUUCGACAGACGGGCUAUUCCGUUAUUUGAUAAUUCGUGAAGCAUCGAUCAAGCGUUCCUUCUGCGACACACCCCUUUAAAACGAAAAGAAGCGCAAAGUUCGUUCUAAGAUGAAACUUCUAUGAAUUUUCUCAGCUGUAUUCUACCGCAGACAAAAACUGUGGGAGCAAGUAUCUAUAACUCGAAGAAAGAGAGAAACAAGAUACACAUAAUCGUAUGACUUUUUCGUCUUCAAAACAAAUAGAAUAAAUUCCUAACGUUUGGUCGUUUAUUUGCGGACUCUCCUGUACAUUAUUACCGAUACCG